CUGGGCCGUCACAGGGCAGUCUGUGAAGACCACAGACAUUGUUUGAUUAUCACAGUAACCUGGCCACUCACGAGAAGAGGCAGGAUUCUGGUCUGUAGAAGUUUCCAUAGAGCACCAUCCUUGACAUUAAACAGCCACAGAGAUGAAGAACCAAAAGGAAAACUACUCAGAACCCGAGUCUGGUUAAGGACGGCAGGAGACAGCAAAUGAGAGAUUCACCAUCAGCUUGAGAGAAGCUCAUUAUUGUGAUCCUGGGAAUCAUCUGUUUUGUCUUGAUGUAUACUAUAGUGAGAGUGAUAACUUUUAUUUCACGUAACCAAAUAUCAGAACAGAAUAAGUCCUCUCCAGUAACAAAGAUCCAGAAAGAAGUUUUCCAGGGUCGAUUACCGGAGCCUAUAUUGGAGAAUGGAACAGAAGAAAAUUCCGCAUCUAAAACCAUGGCUUUCAAAGAGAAACCAAUUAAUACAGGAAAGGAAUGUAGAAGUAAAUGGUCGUGUUGUGGACAGAAAUGCUACUAUUUUUCGGAUGAAUUGAAGAACUUCGAAGAAAGUAAAAAAAUCUGCAAGGAAAUGGACUCCACACUUCUUACGAUAGAAGAUAAGGAAGAACUGAACUUCAUUCAAAGCCAACUAUCCUAUUUCUAUUGGAUUGGAUUAUCUCGUAAAGAAACCAGAAAUCAAUGGACGUGGGAAGACAAAUCAAGGCCUUUUCUCAAAUUUGAUUGGAAAGAGUCAAACGAAGGAAACUGUGCAUAUAUUAAAGCAACGAAGAUGUCUGCUUCUGACUGUUCCAGAUUCAUGCACUUCAUUUGUGAGAAGUAGAUAGCUUGUCUUGCUACCUAAUGAAACAACAACCAAAGACACAUACAACAACUUUUCCUUAUAAAAACUCAAACCCUUGGAAGUCCAGUCUCUAUAUCUCUCAUUUCAGAAUGCUUUGUUAUUGGCUGCACCUAUAUUCUAGCUUGAUAGAGAUACAUUGUGGACCCUCCACUUUUGCCUCUUUCAAACAUGGAUCCCAGAUCACACCAGUUAUGAGCACAGGUUGGCAGAGUGAGAAAGUAUCAGUGUUUCUCAAGAACCUUAGGACUGUGUAGUCAAUUUCUGCAACUCACACAGAUUUAGUAACUAAUCUUGCAAACUGUUGUCACUGUCAUGUACAUUUUACCUGGGAUUUAAUGCCAGGAAUAAGUGAAGUCAUUAUAUUGUAUCAAUUGUAUAUGCAUUUGCUUGAUUCCUUACAUUUUAGCAGAAAGACUGGAUACUAACUGGAAAGAAAAUAAAUAGUAUCUUGAAUCAGAUCCAAGUUUGUGACCUACACCACAACUAACAACUUGAGUGCUUUCUGGCAAGUCCAAACUUCUGGGUGUGUUUCCAUAUUACAAAGUGGCUGUAUCAUUUUGUAUUGUAUUAGCAGUGUAUGACAAUUCCAUUUGCUUGUGUCCUGCCAACAUUUAAUAUUGAUAAUCUUUAAAGCUAUUUUUAAUAAAGUUGUG